UCAGCCACCCCCACUGACUUCACAGAGGUGGCUUCUUCCUGGCUUUAGUCAGAGGACGCAGGCUGUGCUGAAGGGUCCCACAAGACCUCUGUGCUAGGGUGAGGAGUUAAAGGGUGGAUUGUCAGCUGGUCUGAAGCUUUGCCUUUAUUUCUAGGCAGCACAAAUCUGGGAGGGUGCCAGCCUGUUUUUAAUGUUUUGCAUAUCUCUUUUUAUAUAUUUUUCAAUGACACCUGCUGUGUGUUGGGUGCAAUUGUGUCUGCACUUUAAGGGCAUUGCAAUGCUCUGUUGAAUUGUGGAUGCUUACAACGACCUUCCAUUUAUUUCUGCGUUAGAGGAUACAGUGGCAAGUCCUGACUACAAAUCCUGGUUGGAAGAAAAAAAAACAUACUGUAUAGACAUAUAUACAUAUAUUGGAUUUUCCUGUGCUAAGUGAUAGGAUCUUAAACCUGGUGGUUGUCUUCUCAAAAUGGCUCAUGCUGCUGCUUCUAUUAAAAAAGUGCGGGACCUGGAGCUGCCUACCAUUGAUGAGAAGGAGAAAGAGAGGGAAAGGAAGAGGCGUAAGAUCUCUAGGGAACGUAUGGAUCGCAAGCGCAAGUCAGACAGCAAUGCAAGCUUUCUCAGAGCUGCACGAUCUGGCAAUUUGGACAAAGUUGUGGAGUACCUGAAAGGUGGCAUAGACAUUAAUACUUCUAACCAGAAUGGACUCAAUGCUCUGCACCUUGCAGCCAAAGAGGGGCAUAUUGGCCUUGUGCAAGAAUUAAUGGAAAGAGGAUCUGCAGUAGAUUCUGCAACCAAGAAAGGAAACACAGCUCUACAUAUUGCCUCAUUGGCUGGACAGGCAGAGGUGGUCAAGAUACUUGUCAAGCAAGGUGCUAAUAUCAAUGCUCAGUCUCAGAAUGGGUUCACCCCUCUCUAUAUGGCCGCACAAGAGAACCACAUUGAUGUAGUAAAAUAUUUACUUGAAACUGGGGCCAAUCAGAGCACCGCCACAGAGGAUGGUUUUACUCCUUUAGCUGUGGCACUACAACAAGGUCAUAACCAGGUGGUGGCUAUUCUUUUGGAGAAUGAUACCAAGGGCAAGGUUAGACUUCCUGCCCUGCAUAUUGCAGCCAGAAAGGAUGACACAAAGUCUGCAGCCCUAUUGCUUCAGAAUGACCACAAUGCAGAUGUGCAGUCAAAGAUGAUGGUGAAUAGGACGACAGAGAGUGGCUUUACCCCACUACACAUAGCAGCGCACUAUGGAAAUGUAAAUGUGGCCACACUUUUACUCAACAGAGGUGCUGCAGUGGACUUUACAGCCAGGAAUGGAAUUACCCCUCUGCAUGUUGCAUCCAAAAGGGGAAACACAAAUAUGGUAAAACUUUUGUUGGAUCGUGGAGGACAAAUUGAUGCCAAAACCAGAGAUGGACUUACUCCAUUACAUUGCGCAGCACGAAGUGGACACGACCAGGUGGUAGAACUUCUUCUUGAAAGAGGAGCACCACUGCUUGCAAGGACCAAGAAUGGACUCUCCCCUCUUCACAUGGCCGCUCAGGGAGACCAUGUUGAGUGUGUCAAACAUCUGCUUCAGCACAAAGCUCCAGUUGAUGAUGUAACACUGGAUUACUUGACAUCACUGCAUGUUGCAGCUCACUGUGGACAUUAUCGAGUAACCAAACUGCUCCUGGACAAAAGAGCAAAUCCUAAUGCUCGUGCACUGAAUGGUUUUACUCCAUUGCACAUUGCUUGCAAGAAAAACCGUAUCAAAGUUAUGGAACUCCUAGUGAAAUAUGGGGCUUCAAUCCAAGCUAUAACAGAGUCUGGUCUCACUCCAAUACAUGUGGCCGCAUUCAUGGGUCACUUGAACAUAGUCCUCCUUCUGCUGCAGAAUGGAGCCUCUCCAGAUGUCACUAACAUUCGUGGAGAAACAGCACUUCACAUGGCUGCACGUGCUGGGCAGGUGGAAGUGGUUCGCUGCCUCCUGAGAAAUGGUGCCCUCGUAGAUGCCAGAGCCAGGGAGGAGCAGACACCUCUGCACAUUGCCUCCCGUUUGGGCAAAACAGAAAUCGUCCAGCUAUUACUUCAACACAUGGCUCACCCGGAUGCUGCUACAACAAACGGCUAUACACCACUGCAUAUAUCUGCAAGGGAAGGGCAAGUCGAUGUAGCAUCUGUCUUGCUGGAGGCUGGUGCUGCACAUUCAUUGGCUACCAAGAAGGGAUUUACACCACUACACGUGGCAGCAAAAUAUGGAAGCCUAGAUGUGGCCAAAUUACUCUUGCAGCGUCGGGCACCCCCUGAUGCAGCAGGAAAGAAUGGUCUCACACCACUCCAUGUUGCUGCUCACUAUGACAAUCAGAAGGUGGCGCUGCUGUUACUGGACAAGGGCGCUUCUCCUCAAGUCACUGCUAAGAAUGGCUACACACCACUGCACAUUGCUUCCAAGAAGAACCAAAUGCAGAUAGCUACAACACUUCUAAACUAUGGAGCAGAGACCAACAUUCUGACCAAUCAGGGAGUGACACCACUUCACCUUGCCGCCCAGGAGGGACAUGCCGAUAUGGUUACACUACUGCUGAAUAAACAGGCCAACAUCCAUGUUGGGACUAAGAAUGGAUUGACACCAUUGCACCUCGCAGCCCAGGAGGACAGAGUGAUUGUAGGGGAAAUAUUGUCAAAGAAUGGGGCCAACCUUGAUGCUCAAACCAAGCUGGGUUACAGUCCGCUAAUUGUAGCUUGUCACUAUGGAAACAUAAAGAUGGUGAACUUUCUUCUAAACCACGGAGCAAAUGUCAAUGCUAAAACCAAGAAUGGUUAUACACCAUUACAUCAAGCUGCUCAGCAGGGACAUACCCACAUCAUAAACGUUCUACUGCAGAAUGGUGCCAAGCCCAAUGUUACAACUUCAAAUGGCAACACUGCCCUGGCGAUUGCUAGACGGCUGGGAUAUAUCUCUGUGGUGGAUACAUUGAAGGUUGUUACAGAAGAAAUUGUCACUACUACAACGACUGUGACCGAGAAACACAAGCUUAAUGUCCCUGAGACAAUGACAGAAGUUCUGGAUGUUUCUGAUGAGGAAGAUGAUACAAUGACGGGAGAUGGUGGCGAGUAUCUACGACCUGAGGACUUAAAAGAACUUGGAGACGAUUCAUUGCCAAGCAGUCACUAUUUGGAUGGAAUGAACUAUCUAAGGUACAGCUUGGAGGGAGGACGCUCAGACAGCAUUAUGCCUAGCCUGCGAUCCUUCAGUUCAGACAGGUCCCACUCCGUGAGCCAUACAUCCUACCUAAGGGGAAGUGCCAUGAUAGAUGACAGCAUUAUCAUCCCAAAUGAACAGGUUUCAUAUUUAGCGCAUGCAGAGCCGAACACCUACCGAUUUAGCUGGGGGGCCGACAAUCUAGACAACAUUGCACUGUCUUCUAGCCCAAUUCAUUCGGGCCACAUGUCUCCUUGUCUUGACCGAGACAACAGCAGUUUCCUGGUUAGUUUUAUGGUAGAUGCUCGUGGAGGAGCUAUGAGAGGAUGUAGGCACAAUGGACUGAGAAUAAUCAUUCCAUCUCGGAAAUGCACCGCCCCAACAAGAGUAACCUGUCGCUUGGUGAAACGCCAUCGACUGGCAACUAUGCCGCCUAUGGUGGAAGGAGAAGGAUUAGCCAGUCGCCUAAUUGAAGUUGGCCCUUCUGGGGCUCAGUUCCUUGGUAAGCUACACCUUCCUACGGCUCCUCCCCCUCUAAAUGAGGGAGAAAGCUUGGUCAGUCGAAUCCUUCAACUGGGACCUCCUGGGACCAAAUUCCUUGGGCCUGUAAUAGUGGAAAUCCCACAUUUUGCGGCUCUGAGAGGAAAAGAGAGAGAACUUGUGAUACUUCGCAGCGAGAGUGGAGACAACUGGAAAGAGCACUUUUGUGAAUUUACAGAGGAUGAGCUUAAUGAGAUACUCAAUGGAAUGGAUGAAGUUCUGGAUUCGAACGAGGAUCUUGAAAAGAAGCGCAUUUGCCGCAUUAUCACCAGGGACUUCCCACAGUAUUUUGCAGUGGUGUCCCGUGUAAAACAGGACAACAACCUCAUUGGACCUGAGGGUGGAAUUUUGAGCAGCACUGUUGUCCCUCAAGUACAGGCUGUCUUUCCAGAAGGUGCCCUCACAAAAAGAAUUCGCGUUGGUCUUCAGGCCCAACCAGUGAUUGUUGAACUCGUAAAGAAGAUCUUAGGCAACAAAGCCACCUUUAGCCCUAUAGUUACUUUGGAACCAAGAAGACGGAAGUUCCACAAGCCAAUAACCAUGACAAUCCCUGUACCAAAAGCCUCCAGCGAGGCAAUGCUAAAUGGAUAUGGAGGGGAAACCCCUACAUUAAGAUUACUAUGCAGUAUAACUGGUGGUACCACCCCUGCACAGUGGGAAGAUAUCACUGGAACAACUCCUCUUACAUUCGUUAAUGAAUGCGUUUCUUUUACUACUAAUGUAUCAGCCAGGUUCUGGUUAAUAGACUGCCGGCAAAUCCAAGAGUCAGUUACUUUUGCUGGCCAAGUGUAUAGAGAAAUUAUAUGUGUGCCAUACAUGGCCAAAUUUGUUGUAUUUGCCAAAUCCCAAGAUCCCAUUGAAGCCCGCCUGCGAUGCUUUUGCAUGACAGAUGACAAAGUGGACAAGACAUUAGAACAGCAGGAGAAUUUUGCAGAGGUUGCCAGAAGCAGAGAUGUAGAGGUGCUUGAAGGAAAACCUAUCUAUGUAGACUGUUUUGGCAAUUUGGUACCACUAACAAAGAGUGGCCAACAUCAUAUAUUUAGCUUCUAUGCCUUUAAAGAAAAUCGGCUACCAUUAUUUGUUAAGGUGCGAGAUACCACUCAGGAACCCUGUGGACGCCUGUCAUUCAUGAAGGAGCCAAAAUCUACACGAGGCCUUGUAUAUCAAGCCAUUUGCAAUUUGAAUAUUACAUUGCCACUUUAUAAUAAGGAAUCAGAAUCAGACCAAGAGCCAGAGGAUGAGGGGACGAUAACAUCAGACAAAAAUGAUGAAGAGACAGAAUCCACAGAAACUUCCAUUCUGAAAAGCCAUCUUGUUAAUGAUGUGCCAGUUCUGGCAAGCCCAGAUUUGCUGUCUGAAGUAUGUGAGAUGAAGCAAGAUUUGAUUAAAAUGACUGCAAUUCUGACUACAGACUCUGCUCAGAAGGCAGGUUCUCUCAAGGCAAAAGAUAUUGACAAAGGAGAUGAGGAUCCAGGAGAACCUUUUGAAAUUGUUGAAAAGGUGAAGGAAGAUCUUGAAAAAGUUAAUAAAAUCUUAAGAACCGGAACUUAUGCUAAGGAAGAAUCAUUUACUGAGGGAGCCCAAGCUUUGUGGCCUUACAAAAAAGAAGAAUGGGUAAUUCUUAGUGAUGAAGAAGUCCAGGAAGCUAAAUUAAAUGCUCAUCUUGAAGUUGAGGAAAUACCAUGUAUAGAAGUUAGAAUUGACAGGGGUGAAAAGACAAAGAUAAAAACUAAUAAUACAGAAAUUGUGAACUAUCUCACAGAUGACUUAAAUGCCUAUAUCCCUGACCAAGAAGUAACACUAACAAGUCAAAUGCAAAGAAAAGAACAACGCAAAAUACCUUUGGAGAUUAAAAAACCUAUUAGACGAAAAUUGAGGGAAAGGCAGAAAGAAGAAGAAAGACAAGGACUAACAAAAUUUAGUUCAGAAGAAUCAUUAGAUGGUGAAAUAUGUCCACUGGCCACUGCUGUUACAGAUGCUAAAGAUGUAUCACCUUCAGUUGAGGAAACACCUAUUGGAUCAAUAAAAGAUAAAGUUAAAGUACUUCAAAAACAAGUUGAGGAAGAGCAAAAGGUAUUAAAAGAUGAAAUAGGUCUUAUUGCAACUGCAAUUGUAGAUGCUAAGAAGAUAUCACCUGUAAUUGAAGAGACACCUAUUGGAUCAAUUAAAGAUAAAGUCAAAGCUCUUCAAAAACAAGUUGAUGAAGAGCAAAAGGCAUUAGAUGGUAAAAUAGGCCUUAAUGUAUCUGCUGUUACAGAGAAAGUAUCAUCUGUAAUUGAGGAGACACCUAUUGGAUCCAUAAAAGAUAAAGUUAAAGCUUUUCAAAGACAAGCUGACUCAGAGCAAAAGACAUUCAGUGAUAAACUAGAUCUUACUGUAACUGCUAUUGCAGGUGCUCCUGACAUAUCACCUGUAAUUGAGGAGACACCAAUUGGAUCAAUAAAAGAAAAAGUAAAAACUCUUCAAAAACAAGUUGAGGAAGAGCAAAGGGUAUUAGAUUAUGAGAUAGGUCCUACUGCAACUCCAGUUGCAGAUGAUGAGGAAAUAUCACAUGUAAUUGAGAGGACCCCAAUUAGAUCAAUAAAAGAUGAGGUUCAAGCUCUGCAAACACAGGUUGAUGAAGGGCCAAAAGCAUUAGAUGAUGAUGAAACAGGGCUUACUACAACUGUAAUUACUGGUGCUAAGAAAGUAUCACCUGUAGUUGAAGAGACACCAAUUGGAUCAAUAAAAGAUAAAGUAAAAGCUCUUCAAAAACGAGUUGAGGAAGAACAACAUCCCCCUUCAAGUAAACCAAGUAAAGUACAAAUAAAACAAGCUUCUUUUGAGUCUGUUACAGAGCAAAAAGUUCAGAUAGGUAAACCUCCCAUUUCAUCCUCUGCUAAAACAGAAAGACUGGAAGAAACUAUGUCUGUUCGGGACCUAAUGAAAGCAUUCCAAUCAGGUCAUGAUCCUUCAAAGGAAAGAUCUGGACUUUUUGAGCAUAAAACUGUAAAAUCUACAAUUAAACUAUGUGAAUCUGAACAGGGGGAAGUACUUAAAACCUACACAUUCCAAGAUUCUGAGGAUCUCUGUAUUGUUAAAGAUGGGAUACAGGUUGAAUAUUCAGAAACAGAGACAGAAUUACGACACCAUGAAAAAGAAAAACUAAUGCUAACAGAAACUACAGGUUUAGAGGCUGAGUUAGGAAUGACAAAAGAGGAGUUCCAUAUAACUGAAAAAACAUCAGAACAUAGAGUAUGUGAGUUAUCAAAACCCAUUUGUUCAUUAUAUAAUGGAGAAAGUACCAAACAUUCUAAAGUGAGAACAAGCAGUAGUGACCAGGAUGUGGAUCCACAAAUUAGCCCAGAUAGAAAAACAUCCACAGAUUUUUCUGAAGUUAUUAAAGAGGAACUUGAGGAUAAUGACAGAUAUCUACAGUUCAAACUUCUUACAGAAUCUGAAGGUGCUCAGUUAAAUUUAGAUCAAGUUCUCAUUAGUCCGUUCAAUAUUACAUUUCCUUCUGACUACGAGACAGAGGGAUAUUUACCAGGUUUACAUUUACAAAGUGGUACAUUUGAUGAUAGUUCAGAUAGCCUUAAACAUGAAGGAGUAGCAGAUUCUCCUGGCAGUUUAUUGGAUGGAACCCCUCAGAUGAGUUCUGAGGAUAGCUUGAAACAUGAAGGUCUAGCUGAAACUCCAGGGACUAGCCCUGACAGCCUGUCAUGUCCCCCUAAGAAAUCUGACAAACAGACUGAUGAAGGAUUAAAGACACCUUCAAAUAUAGUAUCAAAGCCAAGUUCAACAUUUGUUGAUCAUGAUCAACUGCUGACUCAGGCCCACAUCGAUUCUGUUGAAAGUGAGAGAGAAAUAUUAGAAAAUGUGUCUGAGGAUGGUCAAACAGAAAUGUCAAGUACUAUGAAAAAUAUCUGUACAGAACAGUCUUUUGUGACAGAAAAGCUUGCAGGAUGUAUUGAAGUAACAGAGAUUAAUGAAGAUAAAAAUGAACAUUCUGUUUCAGUUAAAGGACACCAAGGACUGGAACUUGUUCUCUCUACUCAAAAUGAAGAACCUAACAGUCCAGUAGCAGAUGAAUCAAUUGCAAUUAGUCAUAAAGAUUCUUUGGAAUCAAGUCCGGUAGUAGAAGACAACUCUUCACACAAAACCCCAGAUUCUUUAGAGCCAAGUCCAACAAAGGAAUCUCCAUGUUGUGAUUCCCUUGAAAGCAGUCCUGUAGAACACACAAUCAAAUUUGGCAUACUGUUAAACUCAGCUGCCAUUUACACUAGUCUGAAACCUGAUUUAAACACAGAAGUAACAUCAUUGCGCUCUAGAAUUCUCAGGGACCCAGAUGGAAGUGCUGAAGAUGAUAGUGUAGAACAGACAUCCCUUAUGGAAAGUUCAGGGAAAAGCCCACUUUCUCCUGAUACUCCAAGUUCUGAAGAAAUAAGUUAUGAAGUCACUCCCAAAUCACAAGAUUUACAGGCAUUUUCAAUGCUUCCAAAGCCAGGGACAAUUCCAGAAGUUGCUGAAGAACCAGAAGAGGAUUCGGAAAGGGAGCCGAAGAGAAGAUUUACACCGGAAGAAGAAAUGUUCAAAAUGGUCACAAAGAUCAAAAUGUUUGAUGAACUUGAACAAGAAGCAAAGCAAAAAAGAGAAUGCAAAAAGGAGUCAAGGCAUGAUGAAUGUACAUCAUCUGAUUUAAGCAAUUCGAAUGGUGAUGAUUUAGAAGGGGCUGACAUAAAAUUAGUACAAGAUAAUGAUGUACAAAUUGUAGUCAUGGCAGUAGAAAGCAGAAAAAGUUCUUCAUCUUCAGAAAGUGAACCUGAGUUAACUCAGCUGAAAAAAGGAGCAGAUUCUGGACUCUUGAUGGAUCCUGUAAUCAGAGUUCAACCUCCCUCACCGUAUGCACCCAGUUCUAGCUCAAGCCCUGAAGACACAGCCUUUCAACCAAUUGCAAUAGCACAGGAUUCUUUCAAAGCAGAAGAUAGUCAACAAAAUUAUGUUAGCACUAUAGAUAGAAAGCUGGAAGAUGUAAAUACUCAUGAUAGCUUACAUUUUUCAAAUGAGGAUGUCACUACUAUUAUACCUUGUUCAGCUGACAUAGAAGUAGGACAGAUGGAGGGUGCAGAAAAGAGUGAGCCAGUAAGUUCUAAAGGACCAGCAGAAAAAAGUAUUGCAUAUACCACAUAUUUAACAGAGGAGAAGAGACCUGAAGAGAAAAUUCAGACCUUGCCACAUGAUUUCCAUCAUAGUGAAUCACCUGAAGGUGAUGUUUAUUCAGAUUCCAGUACACAGGAUUCUUUCAGUGUAGUCAAGGGUAAACAAACAUAUGAUGAUAUGAUAGAACAAAAAGAUGAAAACCUACAUUUUUCAAGUGAAAAAAAGUCAGAAACUAGCAGACUAGUUCUGAGAAGUACUGGGUCUGCUACAGAUUUAACUGAUGAGAAGAAGAGCUAUGAGGAAAUUGUUGGUUUGGAAUGUAUACCAUCUAGUGAUUUUAUAUUUUCUAAUGCACAGGAUGGUUCCCAUCAUAGUGAAUCAGAUGAUAAUGUGGAAAAUAUACCAAUUAAUGAUGGUUCAUGUCAAAGUGCACAGGACAGGAGUAUCUCUGUCAGUGCCGAUGAAAUAGAUGAUGUGCAGAUGGAGAGUGCUGAUGAAAGUGAGCUAGAAAGCCCCAAUGCACCAGGAACACAACAUAUUUUUAAUACUUCAUGUUUCACUGAUGGUGAAAGAAGACAAGAAAAUGUUGUGACGGAUGUCUUAUCUGUUUUUCAUCAUACUGAAUCCUCUGAAGAGAACGUUGGUUUAGAAUGUGUACCUCUUGCUGAAAAUAUAUCGCCAAGCUUACUUGAUUCUUUUAAAUCAGAAGAGUGUCAGCUUAAAUGUGCUGAUACUCUAGAAAAUGAUCUUAACAAGCAUAUGGAUAUUGAACUUUCAUGUGAUGGAAACAUUAGUGCACAUGAAAUAGAUGAUGUACUGAUGGAAAGUGGAGAGGAUAGCCCUGUUAACAAAGUAGCAGAAAGUGUUGCAUAUACUUUUUUAACUGAUGAUAAUGAAAUCACAGAAAAGUAUGCAGAUACCAUUCUACAUGAUUUCCAUCACAGAGGACCAUCUAAAGAAGAUAUUGGUUUGGAAUGUAGACCUCCUGCUGAUCUUAUAUCUCCCAAUGCACAAGAUUUUUACAAAGGAGAAGAGAGUGAACAAACAUUUUAUGGCACCUUAGAGACAGAACAGGAAGAUUGGGAUAUUUUCAGUAUUCCUGCCAAUGCAGAUGAAUUAAAUGAAAUGCAGACAGAAAGUCCACAUGAAGGUGUGUCCAAAAGCCCAGAUGCACUAAUACUGAAAAAUAAUGUAUCUGUUACACAUUUAACUGAGUGUGAGGAAACAGUAAAGAAAGUGGAGGCCAUACCACAUGAUUUAUGUCAUAGUGAUAUACUUGAAGAUCAUAUUGCAUAUCCCAUUGUACAUGAGGCAGAAGAAAGUCAAGAGAAAUGUAAGGGCACUAAAAAAAUAGAACAGGAAGAUAUUAAAAAGCAUUUUCCAAGUGAUGAAAUCACAAGUACUCCUUAUACUGUUGAUGAAAUACAUGAUGAUGUGCAGAUGGAGAGUGCACAUGAAAGUGUAAUAGAAAGCACUUAUGGAUCAGUAAUGAGUAGUAACAGUGUAGAAAUUAUUCAGGAACAUUAUACCACUAUGUGCCUAGAACAUAUUCCAGAUGACUAUAUUACACAAAAAACUCAAGAUUCUUAUGUGAUAUCACCAGUUAAAAGUGAUUGCAUAGAAACUGAUAGGACAUCUGAUACAGUUUUCUGUACUUCCCCCACGUUUUUUCAAAAUGUGGAGAAUAACAUAUCAUUGGAUAGUGCAGCAGAGGUUGAAACUAGCACUUGUGAUCCAGCAGUAAUAAGUCCAUAUGAAAAUGUUCCAUCGGGCCAUUUUUUCACCAGUCAGGAUAUUUUGUUAGAGACAGAGGAAAAACAAAAUAUAUCAGCAACCUUCAUUAAUGCUGAAGAAAAAGUGCCUAUAACUCAAACAAAUAGUGAUAUAUUUGGUGAAGACCUCACACAAGAAGAAAGUGAUACAUGUUCAGCAGACCAUUUGCAUUCCAGCACAAAACAUACAUCUUGGUGUUCAUCAGCUAGCAGUGAAGAAGAAGUAUGCUGUCCCACAGCUGAAUUAUCAAGUAAUACAUCAGAUGAUCAAUUUAACAAAGUAAUUAUAACGAGACCUGAUGCAGACUCUGAUACUUGGAGCUGUAUAAGAGAAGAUGAUGAAGCUUUUGAGGCAAGAGUGAAAGAAGAGGAACAGAAGAUAUUUGGUCUAAUUGCUGACAAACAAUCCCAGGGCACAACUCCUGAUACCACUCCUGCACGUUCACCUACAGAGGAUGGCACACCAACCAAUGAACAAAAUCCUUUUUUGUUUCAAGAAGGUAAGCUUUUUGAAAUGACUCGCAGUGGAGCUAUUGAUAUGACCAAAAGGAAUUAUGCGGAUGAAAGCUUCCACUUUUUUCAGAUAGGUGAGCAUUGUGGUCAAGAGGCCAUAAUCGAAGAAAUCAAAGAGGAGAGUGGAGAGGAGGAAUCAGUGAACCCUGAUGAUUUUCCAGAUCUUUUAGCUACCGAAGACUUUGAUAAUGUAACUGAGGAGCCACAAGACACUUGUGAAACCUUGUAUGACACUGAUCUUAAUUCUGAUGAUUUAUGCUUAGCAUCAGUUGAUGACAAUGACAGAGAAGAAACAAGGACAGAUCAAAAAUCUAGGAUUCCCAUUAAGAUGGGAAUUGCUGCCUCUUCAGCACCAUCCAAGCCAUUUGCUUCAGAAAUUCCUCUUAGUGAGGAGCAGUUAACAUCUAGUAGUUUACAGGACUCAUCCCCUUCACCACCUGAAUGUGUGGUAAAUCUGCAAAACAAUUUUAUACCUUUUGCUAAAUUGGAGUGUGCUGAGCGAGGUGAUUCUCCUGAUUCUUCACCAGAAGAACAAAAGUCAAUUAUUGAAAUCCCAACAGCCAUUAUGGAAUGUGGUUCCUCUGCUUCAAUUAAGUCCAAAAUCCCUGUAAGAGCUGUAUCUGAAGAACCCUCACAUACAUUCAGUAUUGGCAGUGAAUCAACUUGUCCAGCUGAUGACCAUAUUUAUUUGGAAGAUCAAAAGCCAAAAUCAAAGAUACCUGUCAAAACAUCCUUACCAAAAGCAGAGCAACAUUUUCCAAUCACAGAUACAAGUCUUAAAAUGUCCGAAGAUAACAGUAAGUUACCUUUGAAACAGGAUAGAAGCAAAUCUGAAUCAGACUCAUGCUCAUCUGUUGAUAUUAAAACCAGACGUUCUGUGAAAACUAAAAGUUGUACAGAGACUUUUUAUGAGAGCACUGAAAAAUCAACUUGCUUUUUUGAAGAGGAAACAAGUGAAGCCACUAAACCAAAGUCAUAUUCUUCUAGAUUACCAGUUAAAGCCAAGAAUAAAUCUGCCUCCCAAAUAAAGACCAGUACUACAACUGAUGAUCAAGAACAGUUUUUUGAAAUAUAUAAAAACUCCAUUGACUUCUUUGAAGAGAUAAGUGAUGAAGCUUCGAAACUGGUUGAUAGACUGACACAAGCAGAAAGUGAGCAAGAACCUGUAUCUGAUGAUGAGAGUAGUGCCUUUGAAAUCUCAGUGAUUGAAAAUGUUCCAGCACCUGAUUUUCAGCAGUCUGUUCCUGAAGAUAUCUUUGACACAAGGCCCAUAUGGGACGAGUCUGUUGAGACUCAAAUUGAACGCAUCCCUGAUGAUCAUAGCCAUGAUAAUUUUCAAGUAGAUUUCCGGGAAGAUGACAGGACGGAGGAAAGACUUGCACAUAUUGCUGAUCACCUAGGCUUCAGCUGGACAGAGCUAGCAAAAGAACUGGACUUUACAGAGGAACAAAUUCAACAAAUACGAGUUGAAAACCCUAAUUCAUUACAGGACCAGAGCCAUGCACUUCUAAAGUAUUGGUUGGAAAGAGAUGGAAAACAUGCCACGGAUAUCAGUUUAAAUCAGUGCCUCACUAAAAUUAAUCGAAUGGACAUUGUUCAUCUCAUGGAGACAAGUAUCCAGGAGCCUCCGGGUGGUCGUGCCAACCGCACAUACGCAGACAUAGAACAGUCACUCACUAUGGACCGUAGUGAAGGUUUUUCUGCAAUUCAGGAUGAAUUUGGCAGUCCCCAGAAAAGGAUAACUGCUGAUUAUACAGCAUCACCAGGCAGCGAGAUAGCUGGGCAUCCACCAUUGGUGUCUGAGGAGGACAUUUCAAUCAGUUACUCAUCCUUCCAUGAAAGCUCUUCCAAGGCUGAGGAUGACAAGUCUGUUGUUGAAAUGCUCCGUCAGUUGCAGAAAGAGAAAGUGGAAGCAGAUCUCACAAGGGAACAACAAGAAUUAUCAGGGGCAUUAUCUCCAGAACAACAGGAAUAUUUUGACACAUCCCCACCUGUAGAGACUGUAUCAUCACCUGUGGAAGCUCAAGAAUUCAUGUCUCGCACACAAGUUUCUCAGUCUCCCCAAGAAACACCAGAACUAGAGAAACUGGACCGGCCCGAUCUUUACACUCCGGUAUCUGAUCAGCACAGUGAAAGUCCUGUUGUGCAAGAACCAUCAGAAUCCUCAGAACAAGGAGACCUAUAUGCAAGUGGAAGUGACCUCUUCAUAGCCGAGUCAUCAGAUGAGCAACACGACAAAAACAAGAGAACUGAAUUUAGGUCUUUGGAAUCAUUUGAAAAGGAGCUAGCAGAGGAGCUAGGUGAGCUAGAGACCACCUCAGAUGAGGACGAGAUGGUAACAACCAGGGUCGUUCGCCGCCGUGUGAUUAUUCAGGCGGACGACAUGCCUGACAUUCUCCCUGAGACUGUGACUGAAGAGCAGUACACUGAUGAGCAUGGCCAUAUUGUAGUCAAAAAGGUCACUCGGAAAAUAAUCAGAAGAUAUGUUUUACCAGAUGGCACAGAAAAAGAGGAGGUGGUUGUUCAAGGAGGGAAGCAGGAUCCAGUGACAAUAGAAGAAGGAGACAGUUUUUCUAAAGUUCUGAAGCGUACAGUAGUAAAGAGCGACACUGAGCAGUCUGAGAUUGCUUUCUCUGAGCCCAGAGUUUUAACAUCAGAAUUUGAAGCUGAGCAAGUAGAGGGGCGCAAGGUCAGCAAAGUAAUAAAGACUACCAUGGUUCAUGGAGAAAGAAUGGAAAAAUAUGUUGGGGAUCCUAGUUUAGCAUCUGACUUACCAUCAGCCAAAGAUGACUUUGAACAGGCCUUAAGCUAUGUGGGCGGAGAUGUUAAAUGUAACCUGCCCACUUUAGAGGAAAAAGAGAUUAUUAAGGAGGAUGGAUCUGUAAUAAAAAGGACGAUGAUGAAUAAAGCCAGAACACAGAAGAGGACUGUGGUGAAGGACCAGCAUGGGAAACAUGUUUUUGUUGAGCAGCUGGAGGAUGUUCCUGAAGUGCUACCCAAGGAUGACCUCCAGAAUGACCUACAACAACUUCUCAACCGCUUCUGUGGAGAGGACUGGAAGAAAGAGGCCAAAUGAGUGGCCAUCACACCUACUUUAAUACAUAUCCAUAGCUAUGCUAAAGUUGCAUUAUCUUCUCAACUGAAGGGCCAUGGGUAUUGGAAGCCCAAUUUAACACUGACACUUUGGUUCUGCACAUAUAGUUAAAAGGAUUUUCUUUUGCGUGUCUGUAAAUGCUAAGAUUAUUUGUGACCAAAGAUAGCAUCCUUUUUUUUGGAUGGUAUAUCCAGUAUCCUCACAUUUUUUGGGGGGACCUUUUGUCCCUUUCUCAUACAUGCAAACGUCAUACCACAGCCCUCUUCAUAGUGAUUGCAAAGGCAACGUUAAAAUGGAUGGACCAUGCCAUGUUAUUAUACAUAGCUAAGGAACUUGGCUUUCCAGAACUGCAGAUCAUAACUAUGCUUUGUUCCAUAGAACACCAUGAAUUGAGUGAGUGGAAGACAUCAAAGCCUUGCCUGGUCAUCUGAAUUUAGCAAGGAAAGUAACCAAUCUAAAAGUGCAUGUAUCACAUCAAGGUGCUCUAAAUGACUUCACAGUCUAAACCAUCUAAACAAAUGUAAUAUUUGUUAAAAUAUUAAGAGGAAUCUAAUUAGAUAGCCAAUAUGCUAGCUGCUUAUAUAAAGGCAUAUAUACACACAUUUAAAUAUUCUAGACUUGACAAAUGGCAAGCACUACUGUACAACUACCAAGCUCUUUAAUAACAGGCAGUUGAUGCCGUUCAGCAAUUGCACCCCACAGUUUGGUAAAUGGAUAAUGUACCAAGGUGGCCCUUUUGAAUGGAAAAGCAUCCAAGGUGCAGUCGACAAAUGCUAAACAACUUCUAGUUGAAGAUCUAGUCAAAAGGUAGUCAAAGCUAGUCUAGAAUCUAGGCAGCAGAUCACAGUUGAGAGGUCUAGGUUCUAGUCAUCGGGUAUCUAGACUGAUGUAACUAAAGCAGUUACUUGCUGGCAGCGAUGCUUUGGCAAACCACAUUGUCUUACUACUAGUGGGAACGUCAGGUGGCAAAAGGACUGUAAAUAUUGUAAUGGAUAAGACAUUUCCAUAAACGAAAAACUAUAUAACUCACUGUGUUUUAUCAGGAUUUCCUCUGGCACAUGCAUGUGGCAUUAAAAACAAGAAAUAAAUUCCUAUAAUAAUGUGUGGAGCUUGUUAACCCUUUUUAGCACUAAGCAAGCAGGUUUCACAAUUAAGUCCUUUCCUAUUUGUGCAUUUCAUUUUUCCCUCCCAACCCAAAAGCUAAGAACUCAAUGCAGGUUUUGGUCUUGCUCUUUUUUUAUGUUUUUAUGUCUCUGAACCAAUCCUUUUCAAUCGAUUAUAGCAUUUAUGCACUUUUUUUUAAAGAAGGGAUUAUAAAAAAGGAAAUAUUUUUUGUCUUCUGUACUUUAUUUUACUUCUGAUUUGAACUCUGUAGCCUUUUAACAUACAAAUAAAUAUAUAUAUAUAUAUAUAAAUAUGUAUAAGCAUUAUACAUUUUGAACCCACUUAUUUAAUGUAAGUAUAGAUUGGUUAUCGAAAAAAAACAAAAUAUUCACAUAACCAACUAGAUGUCGCUAAUUUAUAAAUAAAACAAAGAAAUUAGGCCUUUUGUUAGGAAGUAAGCAAAAUGACCCACACAGUCCGAUGAAUGUCAGUUCUGUAAAUGGAAAAGUACCGUGAAAAGUACACACUUCUUAAAAAUCCUUGGAUUUGUUUAAAAAUAGACCUACUGUGUAGCAUCACUUUAUUCUUUCAGAAAUAUCGCUAAAUUACUUUUUCAGAAAGCAAAGAUGAGUUAAACAUACACCUUCUCCAACAGAGUGGCGGCCCCUCUUUGUGCCGGAAAGAGCUCUGAUAAGUUACGUGGAUAUUCCUGUAUGCUAGUGAUGGGGCCAAAGGACAGUUCACAUCACGGCUCUCUCAUGGCUCACAAUAGCCUUGGUCAAUGCUGGGCUAAGUCUAGAAGGAAACAUUCUGUUGUGCUAUUUGCAGUGCAGAUGUCUGUGUAACAGCAUAAAUGGUUAAUCACUUUAUGGGUUAAGAUUUUAUUUUUUGCCGUGUUAUCAAACAACUACUGUGAGAGUGACAUUUCAGUUGACAAUUCAGCAUCUUGUUCCCAUGGUGAUAACACUAAUUUAAUAUAUCUACGAGGGCAUGUCUUAGUUAAAAAACGGCAAAAAUUUACACUAACAAUACAUAGCUGCAAUGUGUACAAUGGCUGAUUUAAUUAAAUAAAGUGUUAAAUGUA